AUGAUUCUUCGGUCGGUGACGGCGCUGACCCGGCUGAGAAGGGUUCUGCUUCGGUUGACGACGUCUUUCGAGUUGAAAGAGCCACUUUUGAGGCCGAAAAAGUCUCUGAUCCAAUUCGUAACGCUACUCUUCCAAUUGAAAAUGUUCUUGUUCUUGCCGAGGAGGUUGUUGCUACAACGGUCGAGAAAGCUGCUGCUAUUGCUUGUUGCUGCUCCACUGGGUGGAGUCUCUGUCCUAGUCAAGGAUGCUGCUGUUCCAAUAGAAGAUAUCCCUGUCCCUGUCGAAAUGAUCGCUACUGCUACUGAGAGCGCCGGUGCUCUAUGGGAUGAGACUGCUGCAAUUAUGGAGGAUGCUUCCGCUUCGAUUGCGAUCAAUGCCAAUUCGGUUAAUGAGAUCGCCACUAAUGAUGGUGGGCCCCUUGUAGCGGCUGUAGCAGCAGCAGAGGUGUCUGCUCUUGUCGAGGAUAAUGAUGUCCCAAUUGAUGUCACUGCUGCUCUAAUUGAGAAUACCGUUGUCCCAGCUGAGAGAUCAGUUGUUUCAGUCCAGGAUGCUGUUGCUCUAAAUGAGGACGGUGCGCCAUCCGAUAAUAUCUCCGAUUUCGAAGCGGACAUUAUAGCCCCAGCUGAGGACGCUACUGCAUCAGCUGAAGACAAUGGCGUCCAGCUGGAGAGUAUUGUUGCACCAGUUGAAGAUGUUGCUGUUCCAAUCGAGGAUGAGCAGCCUGGCAAAGAUUAA